AUGGAAUGCCUUUCUGCUACAGCUCACUCAUCGUUCAGCCUGAAGGAGCUGGACCAUGGCAAGGACAGAGUGGCUGAGCUCAAGACCUGUACCAUGGCCAGACAGGGAGACUCUGAUUUGAGAAGACAGGGUUUCAGCUCCUCAGCUGGCAAUCCCAUCCUCAAGGGCAGCAGGGUCAUAGGGCAUAGUAUACCGGGAAAUUUCUGGUCUCAGCCAACAUCCAGUACCAAACUGACUGACAGUGUAACUGAUCUUACUGGUCCUUCUGCCUCUGUUUGUUUAGAAAAUUUUCUUUCCCCAUGUAGGCCUGAGGCCUCCAUGGCCCCUCAGGAGGUAGAUGGAGGUGUCAGAACUCAGUGCCCUGUGGUACAGAAGGAAGCAAACAAUACCUGUGACCAAGUGGGUUGCCAGCAGACCCCUAUGACCCCACCAGGCCCUCAGGGCGUCUUUAACUCAAGUUUUAGUUUCAUACGGCUCUCUCUCCGAUCUGCUGGGGAGAGAGGAGAGGCUGAAGGUUGCCUCCCCACAAAAGAGGUAGAGCCCGCCUGUCAAAGUUCCACAGAGGUACAAGCAGAAAAUAUCAAUGUGAAUGAAUCUCUCAAGAGGCAGGUCAGUUUAAGAGCCUGUGAGGACCUGAGGCCCAUCUCUCAGCCUUGCAAUUGCAGGACUGCCCAAGGCCCUCUGGGCACACCCCUGGCCAGCAAUAUCCUGCCUGAGAAAGAGGUUUUUUCUUUCAAGGAUACUGAUGCAGCCAUCUCCUGUUCCCCGGAUUCCUCCUCCCUUGGCUCUUCAAUUACCUCAGGCUAUGAGAGCAGCAUCAUGGCAAGUGAUCACAAUUGGGACACCUUGGUCAAGAAAUAUGAGCCGGUGCUGAUGGACUGCCUUCUGAGUAACCGGGCCAUGCUGAAGAUAAAAUCCUUGAUGUUGAAGCUUCAGAAACUUCAGGAAAAAGCAGUUGAAGAAGAUAAUUAUGAUAGAGCUGAAGAAUUAAAACAAAAAUUAGAAAACUUGGAGAAAGAAAAGAGCACCCUGAAGUUUCAGCUUCCUUCAAGACAUCCAACCAUUAGUUCAUUUUUGGACGAUUUUGGAGCCCAAGUCCAAUCUGCUCUGCACUGGGCUACACAUGGGGUCAGCGGUGAAGAAGCCCAACCCCAGCUCAGAAUGGAGACCAACCUCACUGAAUCUGCAGCUCAGGACAGACUCCAGAUUUCCAUCACCAGGAGAGAUUGGCUUCUUCAAGAGAAGCAGCAGUUGCAGAAGGAAAUCGAAGGCCUCCAAGCAAGGAUGUCUGUGCUAGAAGCGAAAGAUCAACAAUUAAGACGAGCUAUAGAAGAGCAAGAGAGGUUCAUCCAAUUUCAGGACUGUGAGCUGACUUCCUUGCUGGGCUGUGUGUCCCUGGGAGAACUGCAGGAGGUCAGGAAGGCCUUGGAUGACACGCUAGCCUUAUCCUAUCAGAUUCCAUUUAGUCUGGAGCUCCCUGAAACGAUGAAGAGCCUCCAAGAAAGGGAGCAAUCACUCAGCUUGGCUAUCAAAGAAACUACUUCAAAGGUUUGUACGAGUCAGAAACUGUGCAGCUCUUUGAGGAGGAAAGUGAAUGAAAUCGAGACCCAGCUACCAGCCUUGCUUGAAGCCAAAAUGCUUGCCAUUUCAGGGAAUCGUUUCUCUACAGCCAAGGAUCUCAUGGAGGAGAUUAGGUCGUUAACAUCUGAGAGAGAAGGGCUGGAGGGCCUGAUCAACAAGCUGCUGGUGCUGAGUGCCAGGAAUGUCAGGAAAUUGGAGAGAAUUAAAGAAGAUUACAACAGACUGAGACAAGAAAUAGAGCAGGGGGAGACUGCCUAUGAGAACCAUGUGAAGGAAAAUACUGUGAAAUACAUGGAAAUACUGGAAGAUAAAUUGCACAGCUCCAGGAGUCAGCUUCUAGAAAGAGUGUGGGAAGCUGAUUUGGAAGCUUGUCAGCUUUUGAUCCGGGGCUUCCAGCUUCAAGAAGUCAGCAGCUAUGUUCUGGAAGGAGAGGAGAUUCAGAUAGACGGUUUCGAGACGGCCACCCCUGCUCCGGCCCCUGCCACCUCUAUCCUCCCACGGCCCACUUCAGAAGAUGGACUGAAGCCCUUUUGUCAACUAGCUGAGGAGUGGCAAGCAACCCUGUGCCCCACCACUCCAGGAGGUGGCUGUGAACAGAAAGAGGAAUCUUACAUUAUUUCUCUAGAACUGAGAGAAAAAUGUGAAGCCAUAAGUGAAAAGUUAUUGUAUUUGGAAGAUCAACUUCAUGAUGCAAUCUAUAGCCAUGAUGAAGGUCUUGUUCAGGCUCUCAAGAGGGAGAUCCAGAUGGUGAAGGAAACUCUGCAGGCCAUGAUUGUGCAGCUCCAGCCAGCAGAGGCCGGAGACUUCCUGUGUGCCAGCUGGUGUCCAGAAAACCCCGGCUGGACAAGUGACGGGGGAGGUGGGAGAGGAGACGUUUUCACAGUUUCAUAA